AUGUUAAGUGCGUCUUCAAGCACGGGUACAAUUAAUGAACGUUCCGGCGUACAUAAGUGGAUAUUUUCCAAUGAGGAGGUUAGUCCUGGUUAGAAAGUUUUCGCAAAAAAACAUUUGAUUGUUUUGCAGAUGCAGCAAGCUGCAAGUAUUGUUGAUGGAUAUACACUACAAGAAGAGCUGACAUUUCGGCAACAAGCCGCAAGUUUCAUUCAAGAAAUGGGCGAAAUGUUGAAUCAUGGGAUUAGAGACCGAGGAAGGACGUUAGUUUUUUUUCUUUCGAAGUUUAUUUGAUAACAUUUUACGAUAGUUCGCGCGAAGUCACUUAGCAACAUUUUCCUUUCCCUGAAAUCCUGAUCUUCUUUCAUACGUAGUCGCGCGCCUGUCAAGAUUUCUCACAUCUGUGGGAGUCGGUCGAAAUCUCUUAACGCUUUUGCGUCAAAGGAGUACACUAAUUCCAGCCCUUUUUUUUUGUACCCACUACUUUUGAAUGUUACUGUUCUUAUGAAGAGAUGAAGGCAGAGAAAAUCUGUCUGACUUUUGGAUUUUUAAAAUCUUUAGACGUAAAGUAGUUUUACGAUAACAUGUCUCCUUCAAUGGAAUACUCGAAAAUAUCAUGCAUUUCCUGUAGAAACAAAUACUACACGCUCGCGACUCUUCUCUCUGUACGAUGGUAGGAAGGAAUUUUGGUUCCCCGAAUAUUCGGGAGCGUUAAUUGUGCAUACAUCAAUCUUGGAUGCUCGAAUCUUUGAAAAUUUGAAUCUUUGAAAACGAUUCUUGGGGAUAUUCCCCUCUUUUUUGAAUUUCCAUCUUUUCUUUCCUUCAUUUUUUUUUCCUUGGUCGUUCUAUUGUGAGGAUGUCGUGUUUCGACCUCAAAUGAACACUAUGCUUUUUUCAACUAACUUUUUAUCAAAUAAUGCGUCUUUCUCGCAUACACGUAGUCAAAUAUUCGCUGCAGAACGGCUACCACAUUUUCAUUCACUCUGUAUACAUUCUCCAUCAGUUUCCGUUUUCAUAAAAAAAUUGAAAAAAAUAUAAAAAAAUCAGAAAAAGAAGUGAAUAUUCCCAAGAAUUUGUUUUCAAAGAUUCGAGCAUCCAAGAUUGGUGUAUGCACAAUUAACGCUCACAAAUAUUCCUGGAUCCAAAAUUCUAUCCUACCAUCCUCUGUACAUGUUUUUUUGUUUACAGAAACUGCCUCGAAGUUGCAAAUAGAAUAUAUAACAGUUUUUUUGGUAUAUAAUGGUUAGGAACAAAAAAAUAGUAAAUAAAAUACCAGAACGAAAAGAAAAAAAUUACGAAAACAUUGUUAAAGAGAAAUAAAAUUUGGGGGAAAAAAAGAAAGCAUUCUACAUAGAAACCAUUAACAAGGAAGGUGAUUUAACUUAGUCCUUGGGAAUUUUAUUAGAUAAAGUAGGCCUUUUCCAAAAAAUUUCCAACCGAAGAGUAAAAUGAACUUCCAUGUCAGAUUAUUUGUAUGAUGCGAAAAUGAUGGAAACAUUUUGAAGAUGUAUUGCAAAAAUAAUUUCCAGACAGUCAAAAUUUUAUUUUUCUUUCAGGUCGCUCCUAGGUUUGUGCAUAGCCAACAUUCAUAUGCAUCGCUUUUUCUACUUCCAUUCUUUCAAAAGAUUCGAUUACAGGGUUUCUUUGUUGGUAAUUUUCUUCCUGAUUUCGAAUUUUCAGGACGUUGCUGCAGCGUGUUUACUCCUGUCUGGAAAGAGCGAAGAAUGUCCCCGAAAGCUUUCUCAUAUUGUGAAAGUUUGGUGGGGGAAAAAGUUUCCGAUGGUGAAGUCUCCACCUUCAGGCGGCGUCAGUUAACAGAUUCCAACCUCUUUAAUCUACAUUUGAUUUUAGGUAUCGAUGGAGGCAGAGCAAUAUUUGGUCACUUUAGAGAACCUCGUCCUUCAAACAAUAGGUGAAUAACUUGUUUUUUUUUUCUGCUUUACAAGCUGCUUAAUAAAAAAAAAGACAGAGUUAUUGGGAAUCUUUUUAAAAGUGCGACUUAAAAGUACUUUUUAGUCUCUUCUCAAUCUAAGUCGCAACAAGUUUCGAAUCAUUUUUAAUGUCAUAAAUAACGUACUGCCUCAUUCGGAACGAAAGAAAAAAUUAAUCUUUUUGGUGAUGCUUGAAAAUAUGAGAAAAUUCCCGCUUAAUUCAUUUUUUCCGAAAUGUUUCUGAUUUUUUAUAGCCUUCGAUAUCAACGUUGAAGUGCCGCACCAGCACGUUUUUGAAGAUUAUGAACGAUCUGGACAAAGGUUAGGGUUUCUUAGUUUCUUUGUGUACAGCGUAUUUCUACAGGAGGUCUACACAAAAAAAUAACCGCAGUCGCCUACUAUUUUGCCACUGAUAUGUAAGAUUCAUUGAAGAAAAUGUGUAAAAAAAAAGGAAUUGGUAAUUUUCAGACUGUGUGUCAUGAACUGGACAAUCCGUUUCUCAAGUAUAUCGAUUGCCGUUGCAUGCAUACACAUUGUGUGUAUCUACGCCGAUUUCAAGGUGCUGAACUGAAAUCUUGGUUGGCUUGAGACGCGGUUCAUGGUCCAGAAUCGCUCGCCACUUCCACUUCCAUCUCCUAUCGUUCUCUCUUUGUCUUUUUGCGCCCCUUUUCGAGUAGCCGUAGCGCGGUAUUGCUGCCCUUGCACUUCCUCGUGGAGUCUCGGCGUCGGUCUCAGUUUUGUUGUCGUGGAAAAGAUCUGUGAUAAAAAAAACACCAAAUUCUACUCAUAAACCUUUCAUAUUUAAUUUUUUGAAAAAAGUUCUAGUCAAAGUUAGAAUUAAGAGAAAAUAAUGAAUAAAUAAAGACUUGAGAAAGCAAGAAAUUAAGAGAUAGUUUUUUUUUUCGAAAGAAAUGCGUAAGUGGAGCCCUCUUAUUUGAGAAACAUCUUGAAAAAGAACUGAAUGAAGUUUGCGAACGAAUUUGAAACUUUCCCAUGAGUUUUUUAACUGUAACUUUAGAGUUUUGUGUCUCCACAAAAGUGCAAACCUGUACUCGAGUGAAACUUAGAGCGAAAAUGAAACUAACCUUCCUGUAGACUCCACGCAUCGCGAGUGGCACCCGCGAUGCGCACACGAUAAGUGAAGCGCGCGAACUUAGAGUAGAGUGGAUGUAAUAGAGUGGAAGUGCUGCAUGGUCGGAUUUGUCGGUUCUCUGAACUGACGGAAAGACCUCUCACGUCCAUAUACACGCCUUGCAGGUAUGUUGGGGCGUACAUAGUAGCAAACCGAGCUCUUCCUAUUUUUAUUCCUCUUGACUUUUCGGGCUUUGUUGUUGAGACUUCCCUCGAGAAAAUAGAAACGCUUCAAUUUAAAGUGUAUCUGAAAGUUGAAAAAUUCGAUUUCUUCCGAAUAAAAAAUGUUUUUUUACUCAGAUUUUCAAAUCAUGCUAUUUUUUGAAAUAUUUAACAGCACAACUCUCCGUUUUCGGAGAAAAAAAAAACGCUUAAAGAAUAGCUUUUCUGAGAGGUGCCGUUAUUGGAUAGAGCAAUAUUGAAAUUUUCGAUAUUCGUCUUUUCGAGGAGUUUUUUGAAACUAAAAUAAGAAGCUUCAAUUAUAUCUUUUUCGGAGAGACUUACCCGAAACCGUCAAUAUUUUUUCCUGGUUUCCUUUUUUUUUCAAGGAUGUUACUUUAAAAUUUUUCAAAAAUUUUUUUCUUAUCGAGAGAGGUUUUAGGAAAAAAAUGGCGGGACGACUUUUUGCAGUCGCGACGCGGCUUUUUGAAAAAGAAACUCGAGCGAAAAACUAUUUUUUUAUUAAAAAUAUUUUUUUGUCUCUUUUUAUUAGUUGUCAUGGUUUUGGAUAUUUCGUUGACUACGGACAGUUUGAAAAAAAUCUUAUAAAAUAAAUAUAAAAAAAUUCCCGUCAAAAAAACCGCACCGCGACCGCGUCACUCAUGCCAAUCUAUCUCUAUCGCCAAAAAUCCACUAUUAAAACGCUAGCCAUUUCUCUUUUUUCUAAAAAUGAAUUUAUACAUUUGACUUUCGAAAACAAAAUUACCUCGUUUUGCUAUAAUAAACUUUGAGUCGGUUGAAUUCUUAUGGGCGUUGGGGGAUGACCUGUUUUGGGCGUAGUUUUCUGAGGCGAUGGACACGAUCAUCUAAGCUUUACCAGUUUUUACAGAAAAAUUUCGAUCCAAGUCGUUUUUUUUUUCAGAUAGCCACACUACGGCCAUCUGAUGUGACUGGCGAGUGGUAUUCGAGCUACGACAAAGAGAUGACGAAGGAAUGUCUGACUGGUGGGUUCUGAAGGCUCGAGCAGCUUCGAACUGUUCCAACUCUCAGAGAUGAGCAACGAGUUCAUGCAAGUCUACAAGUCGUGCUCUCAUCUCCAUCUCGCGUCCCUCAAGCAGCUCGAAAAACAUCGAUGUAUGGCUUAAAACCGUUCACAACAAACACUUGUAUUAUUUCAGUAACAGCACCUUCAUCUUCCGCGCAAGUUCGAACGGAAGAAUCUACAGGAGGAGUUCUACCGCCACCUCCUGCAGCUCCGAGUUUCAACUCUCACAAAAAAGUACAUUCGGUUUGCAAAAAUAACAACUGUUCUGAAAAUGUUGCAUUUGAAGGAAACAAAGCAAAUGGUCAUGAUGGAAAAUAGUCCGCGGCCAGGCUUCAAUCAUGAAUUGAAUAACGUCGAGACUCGAACUGAAGCACAGAAGGUUUCAGCCAAAGAGGAGAAAAAAGAAGGAAAACGAGAAAUUGUCGAAGAAAAGACGCACGCCAUUGAAGGUUUGGAUUUCCUCUUCAUCGUCGAAGUUACAUUUUUUACUAGGUGAAGCCUUAUCUGUUUUUUCUAGAAAAAUCGCCUUUUUUGAAACUCUUUGAAGACUAUCCUGUGAAGAAAAUACGUUAAAUGUGAAAGAAAGUUUUGUAUGUUUUUAUUUGCAGCUUUCAAACUUUAUAUUAAAACAAGGCUAAGUAGAGAGUGCUAUUUUUUAACACUUUGAAAAGUGCAAGAAUAAUCUGUUCUUUGUUGCGCAAAAAUCAUUAAUGAUCUGGCAACUUUUUUUCAUUUUUGCAGAGAGAAAUUAGAUUUUUAGAGCAUAAAACUUCCAAUGUGACGCCCAAUUUCUCCAUUAUAGUGGCCGCACUAUCAAAUGGGAAGCUUGCAAGGACGCAAGAAGAAGAAAGGAAGCGAAGAGACCGUAGGAAGCAUGAAGAACGCGACAAAAACUCGGUGGUGCAGCAUCGUGAGAGAAACGACCGCGACAGACACUACGUCCGCGACAUGGAGACCUCCGACCGCCUGGAGAAGGAGCGGCUUAGAGAAGAGGAGCGACGGAAACGAGAGCACGACCGAAUCGCCGGUCGCACGGAGUUUCACGCCACACAUGCUAGGUAGGUUAUCGCCUAGGCAUCUCAAACAUACUUUUCAUUGCUAGAACGUCCGGAAAAUUUUCAUUUGACCUCCUGCUUGAUUUCUUUUCCACUUCAACUUUUUUUGCCGCUGACAAAAAAAAAUGCAAAAAGACGCGGUCUAGGGAUUUUCUAAAAGUUUUUCGAGAGCAAUGUUCAGACGACUCAAGCGAAUUUUUCCCGCUUACCUCCUUUCAACCUAGAAUUGGCAAUUCGAAAUUUGAAGUUAAUGUUUUUUUACGGUCGUUUGAAGCUUUGAACAUUUGAUAUUUGGAAGCUUUAGAGCACUAGUGAACAAGAGAUAGGCAUCGAAAUUUCGAACGUUCUCUUUUGAAGAUUUACGGCUCGAAGGUUCAGACCUACACUUUUGAAAAGUUUUUUGCAGCAUGAUUCUCCAAAAACUUUGACUAUUUUCUUCAGAAACCACAUUAUGAAUAAAAUAUAUUUGUAUAAAUGCUCCGUACUGUGUGGCGCCAUAAUUAGGCUGAUAUUUGAAAAACAAACGUUUUUACUUGAAUCGUAACCAUGUGAUCUAGAACUCAGUUCAGUAUUUUCUUUAUAUUUUAUUUCCUUGUUGUUAACAUAGAAAAAGAUCAUGUUCGGAGUACUUCUGUUGUCUGCGAAAUUUUUUUUUGCCUUUUUCACGGCUUAUCUUAUAGUGAGAAAAGGGCACGACUGGAAAAUCUGUCAAGCAGUUUUGUGCCGGCUUCAAAUGGCGCCUGCUCUCGUCUGCCACUCACUACGUCCUCUGCUUCAACUGAUUUUUCCACAAACCAGACUUUUCCUUCGCGAGAUAGGGAGUCAAACGGGGACAAGGUGAGCGUAGGGUGGUGGUUCUGUUUCUUGAUAGAUGUUUUCAGGCUCCAAGACCAAUGCCGCUCUCAAGCAACAGCUACCGAUGUUUGGAGAAAAAUGGACAUCCACAGCUGGCGACGAUGACUAAGCGGCCGGAGCGACCCCUGUCACCACCGAACGCGCCUGUUUUGGGCAGGUAGUUGUGUGGCGGAUUGGCGCAGACGAUCGUCUCCGUAGGUUCGAUCCCAAGCCGCCACUUUCUCCGCUUCCUGCGCCGCCGUCUUUGCUCUUGCCGUAUUGCCGCGCUCGCGGCGAUUUGGAGGACGGAGAGCUCGAAUGA